UCCAACUUGGUACGGACGUGCCGCUUUCACCUUCCUCCACCCCACCGUGCCAACAACAGCAUCAGACCAUUCUAGAAGGAGAAGUGUUAAGUCUUCUUUGAUAUAUCCGUGCCGUCAUUAUUGUCUUAUAUAAACGCAGUUUGCUGUGAGCAGGAGACAACGGGUCGACGAUGGGUGCUUCCAUCGGUUGAAAAACGUUCGACACCAGGACGAAAAAUUGGCUGUGUGAUUCUGUAACAUCUUUCGAAAUUUGAGUGAUUUUUUUUGUUUUGUUGGGGGAGGUUGAGCAAUUGAUUAACUGUUCCGCCAUCAUCCUUCGCACUACAGAUAUUUUUGACAGGCAUUUAUACAGAGUGGCAUAAGCAACUGGGAGAGACACAACUGGACGGCGGAUGGCCAAGCGGAAGUUGCCGCUUCAGCGACAAUUAUCACAAAGGAGACGUCGAUGGCGUCGAUAGUGGACGACUUACUCGACGAGGGCACUCCGCGGAUGAACAUCACCGUCGAAACGGCCGAGUCGGUUUACUUGAUCCAGUCGUCGGCAUGGCGAUCGGGCAGGACGCAGUGGCCGCAGACGCCCGCCGAAAAGGCCGCCGAAAAGAUUGACUACUACAAAGCCUAUGAUCCGCUGACGGGGCUCAAAAUUGCCGCCACACUCUCGGGAUUCUUGACCAUGGCCGUGCUCUACGUCUUCUACAAGGCAAAGUGCAAAAGGCUGAAAUUCAUGAGAAGCUCCAGCGACGAAGACUCGAUCAUUGUGGACCAGCCAGCGUCGCAGCAGCACUUACGGGAGAGCAACCCGGCGCUGCACAGCAGCAGCAACUCGGCGGCACUCGUCUACCAGGUCGAAGUGGAAUGCUGCAGCGGCGUUAACAAGUUCCAGCAUCAGCAUUACUGCGAAUCCGGUCGCGAAACACCUUCGAGCAUCAGCAUCAUCACGGCCCAGCAGCCGGCCCUGCACCAGUCGACUGUGACCAUCAAAUCCUCUCAGCCGCACUACUACACCGAUGAUAGCGAAAUGCCUGCUUGGAAAAUCUACGCUAAAGAGUUGUUCCUCUACGGAGGCUCGGGACUAUGGCGAUCAGCCAGCCUCCAGAAAGGAAGCGAUCCGGUUCUACUUGUGGCCCAGUCUUCUUUCGACGAGACGAUCAAUAGCCGCAGUCAACGGACUGGGAGUCUUUCAGGUUCCGUGAUGGGCGGACUGGGCAUUUACCGCUGUGACUCUCGGAAACCUUCGUCCGUGUGCGCUUACCCGACGCGCAACAGCCAGUCACGCCUGCAAGUUCCCAAUGUGCAGGGCGGCAAUAAAGCCUGCGCUUCGCAGCUGUACCGCCAGCGCUCGUUGAAUCACCACCACCGCGAGGGCCCGUCGCGAGCCGGCCGCGACCAGCAGCUUAUCAGCCCGUUCGGCAAGAAGAACCUAUUACCUGGGCGCUCCGUCUCGUUCCGCGAGAGUGAUAUGACCAAUUACAGCAGCAGCCAAAGUAAGCGGGUGGCUCGCAGCCGGCCAGGAUCGCUGCACAACAACAGCCGGCCGGACUACAGCCGGCUGAGGAGCGGAAGCUGCAGCAACGCCGAGUCUGCUGGACACCUGCGACCCGAUUCCCUGCCCGUGACCACCACCAGCAAUCGCCGCUCGUCGUUUCGAAUGCCGGCCAGACAGACGUCGAUCCGGGAGAGCCGUCGAGUGAUGGCCGGACCCAGCAUGUCGUUGGACAUUCCGGCUCCAUCGCUUCCGCCACCCUCGCCUCGCUCUCGUUUGGCAGUCGUCCACCGGAUUCCCAUCCACCUCCAGCAGCAGCCGGCUGCCGGCGAAGAUUCCAGCAAAAGUAAAUCCAUGUACUGCCGCUCGGCCUCGCUGACCAGCGAGCCCAUCUCGCGCGGAUGGCGAUCCUCCAUAGCCAAAAUGAUCCGAGCCAAGAGCACCAGUGGAAAUUCGGUGAGAUCCAAUCACGGCGAGCGGACCGAAUGCUCGUCCUCGCCCGGCAAGAAUCGACGGAAUAAUCGAAAUCCAUCCAAUCUGACAACCGGUGGCGAGGCUGUGGGUCAAUGCGGAGCGAUGGUGGACUGCGACGGUGAUAGCGGGCCGGGCUCGUCGUCCCAGCAGCACCGGCACGAGGGACACAUCGACAUUUGUGUGAUCCAGGCGACGCCGACCGCUUCGCCGUGCACCAGCAUCCGGAGUACUUUCAGUGGUGACAGCCUGGAUUCGGCUGCCAUCAAAAACAUCCCGCCGUACGCCAAUUUCAACCCGUCGCCGGCCAUGUCGGUGCGCGAUCGUCGCAAGUGCUUCGCUCGCAUGAAAGGCCAGACAAUCGAUCACGACAACGAGGCGGCUACUAAUACUAAUACUAAUACCAAUACGAUGACGAUUGACACUUCGUUCCUGGCUCCGCCGAUGAUCGAGUACAGCGGCAGCCUCGGUCUCAGUCCUUCCUCCUUGCUGGCCUAUCCAAUGGCGGAGUUGCGCUCGCGUCGAUCCGCCAGCCCAUCAGCGGCUCGCGGCCAUUCGGCCACCACUUGGCUUCAAGUCUUCAAUGAGGAGGGGCCGAAUAAUGCUGCCACUUCAUCUCCCAGAGACAAUUGUCAUCAUCCGUCGGCGAAGAGAUCGCAUCCAGCUGUCAUCGGCAGGUCGCCAGCAGGGCGAACAUCGACGAUGGUGGUCACGGAACACCUGGGAGUGAGCCAGCUUGCGCCGAUGGGCGACGGCGCCGGUGUAGCCAAAGCCUGUCGGCCGGCCAGCCAGUCUUCAAGUACUAGCCCGACCCUACAAAAUACUCAACAGUACACUCAAUUUCCAUUUUAAACAAAUAUCCUCAAAAUUAAAUAAUCAACCAAAAAAUAACUGAAGUUAUUAUAGCUCAUGAUAUAUUCGUAUCGGGCUGAUUGGGAUGGAAGAUAUGACUAUAUAAUCGGAAACAUCACUCGAAUUUCUUUUUAGGUUGCACUCAAUUUAGACAUGUGAUAGGGUCAAUCGCAGCCUAUCAGCGGCUGUAAUGUACAUUGCAAAACCGAACAUUUUUAGUCGAGUUUUUAAGAAUUAAAAUCUGAAGUGACUGAGUUUCGUUUUUCCCUCCAUGAAAUGAUGAUUGCGCAUAUAUUGAUUAUGACUUAAUCUAAUGUUGUUGAGACAGUGCAACUACCGACACCUAUGUGGAAUAUUGUAUACUGGUCAUUCUAUAACUUGUAUUUUCAUAAGUCUGUGCAGUCUUGCAUGCAUGAUUUUGACUUUAUUAUAGAUAAGAAGAUACACGAUUAUAUAAACCGCGCUGUCGAAAUGU